CUUUUAAUUUAUGGAUUGAUGGGAAUGCCCUUUUUACUGGCUACCGCUCAAGGACAAGGUGUAAAUCCACUAACUCAACAGCAACAAUUUCCAACUCAACAAACACAAUUUUUGUCACAACAACCUCCAGUUGUUCAACAAUUUGGAAAUCUGCAGAAUCAACAGCAACCAUUGGGAAUUCAACAACAAUUGGGAACUCAACAACCAUUGGGGGCUCAACAACCAUUGGGAACUCAACAACCAUUGGGGGCUCAACAACCAUUGGGAACUCAACAGCAAUUGGGAACUCAACAACCAUUGGGAACCCAACAACCAUUAGGAACUCAACAACCAUUGGGGACUCAACAACCAUUGGGGACUCAACAACCAUUGGGAACUCAACAACCAUUAGGAACCCAACAACCAUUGGGGGCUCAACAACAAUUGGGAACUCAACAACAACCAUUAGGAACACAACAACCAUUGGGAACUCAACAACCAUUGGGGACUCAACAACCAUUAGGAACACAACAACCAUUGGGAACCCAACAACCAUUAGGAACUCAACAACCUUUGGGGACUCAACAACCAUUAGGAACACAACAACCAUUGGGAACUCAACAACCAUUGGUAAGUCAGCAACAACAAUCAGGAACACAACAACCAUUGGCAAGUCAGCAACAACCAGUUGGAAUUCAACAAACUCCUGUUCAACAUCCAUUUGUAAAUCAACCAAAUCAACAACAACCAGUCGCAAUUCAUCCAAAUCAAGUUCAACAACAAUUGCCAAGUCAUCCAAAUCCACAACAACCAGUCGCAAUUCAUCCAAAUCAAGUUCAACAACAAUUGCCAAGUCAUCCAAAUCCACAACAACCAGUCGCAAUUCAUCCAAAUCAAAUUCAACAACAAUUGCCAAGUCAUCAAAAUCCACAACAACCUCAGCAACCUCAAAAUUAUCAACAACCAGGAUAUCCAACAAAUCAAGUUUUUCCUCCGGCUUAUUCACCUCAAGGUUUACAAAAUCCUUUCAAUGCAUAUCAAAAUCAAUAUCCUCAAAAUCAUCUAAAUCCCAAUCAAAAUUAUCAAAAUACAAAUUUCCCUCCUUCCAACAAUCCUCAUCCAUAUUUUGUUAAUCAAAAUCAAUUUUCACCGGGAAAUUGGAGAUUACCAAAUAAUUUAAAUCCAGCACAAUCAGAACGUCCACUACAAGAAUUUGCUGCAGUCUAUCAAAAUUAUAUUAAACAACAGGAAAAUCAAAAAAAAAAUAAUGGUCUACAAACUCAAUUGUCAUUAAAUUGGACUGAUUUACCAGAAACAUUGCGUCGAACUGUUACAAUGGUGGUGAAUUUUAUGAAAACAUUAAAUUUUGAUAAACUACAAGAUGCAUACAGUACAAUAAAACAAGAAGCUGUACAAUCAAGAAAUACUCUGUUGCAGAGAAUUUUUCAAAUUAUUGAUAAUAUUAUCGAAUGGGUUCGUCAUCAUUUAUCAAUUUUAACAUUUGGAUUUUCUGAACGUUUUCUUGAAAUUUUGAAUAAAUUAUUCUCUCGCCAUUAAAAAAUAUUUUAAAAAAAUAUUUUAAAAAAAUAUAGUUACUAUGCUAGGAGUAAAAAAUAAAUGUAUUUUUUUACUAUAGUAUUAAAUUGAAAUUAUAUAUAAUUGUGACGCUCCACGAGAGAAGGGACCUAUCUCCGAAAUAAUAUUAGGCUGAGUUUUCAUGUACGGUGCACGGAAAACUGAGCCUAAUGUUAUUUCGGGGAUAGGUCCUUUCUCUCGUGGAGCGUCUCAUAUAUAAAAAAAAAAUAUAUUUUUCAACGAUUUAAAGAAUAUUAUUAUGUAUCUUUUUAUUUUGUACUUAAGAAAUAUAUAUAUAAUAAAUAAAAUUAAAUAUUA